AUGGAGACAGACCGUAGCCUUGCAUCCAAGGAAAAGCUGAAGAAUUCCACCAGAGGAUCCCAAGAGCAUAUUUCCUUCCCAGAUGAGCUGACUGAGACAGAGGAUGAUGAUGAUGAUGAGAUGAUGAGGAAGAAACCUUUUGAAUGCUCAGAGUGUGGGAAAAAAUUCAGUACGAGUAGCAGCCUUCAUCGGCACGAAAGAACCCACACAGGAGAGAAACCUUUUGAAUGUUCAGUGUGUGGAAAGAGAUUCAGUCGCAGUGGAAGUCUUCAAUAUCAUCAGAGAACCCACACAGGAGAGAAACCUUUUGCAUGCUCAGAGUGUGGAAAGAGAUUCAGUCGCAGUGGAGGUCUUCAGUACCAUCAGAGAACCCACACAGGAGAGAAAUCUUUUGAAUGUUCAGUGUGUGGAAGGAGAUUCAGUCGCAGUGGAGGUCUUCAGUACCAUCAGAGAACCCAUACAGGAGAGAAACCUUUUGCAUGCUCAGAGUGUGGAAAGAGAUUCAGUCGCAGUGGAGGUCUUCAAUAUCAUCGGAGAACCCACACAGGAGAGAAACCUUUUGAAUGUUCGGUGUGCGGAAAGAGAUUCAGUCGCAGUGGAGGUCUUCAAUAUCAUCAGAGGACCCACACAGGGGAGAAACCUUUUGAAUGCUCAGAGUGUAGAAGGAGAUUUGCUGACAAGGGGGAUCUUCGAAAGCAUCAGAGAAUCCACACGGGGGAGAAACCUUUUGAAUGCUCAGAGUGUGGAAAGAGAUUCAGUCGCAGUGGAGGUCUUCGAUAUCAUCAGAGAAUCUACACAAGGGAGAAACCUUUUGAAUGCUCAGACUGUGGAAAGAGAUUCGCUCACAGAGGGGAUCUUCAAAAGCAUCAGAGAAUCCACACAGCAGAU